AUGCGCCCCCGCGCCGUCCCCCGCGCCCCCUCCGGCGCCCCCGCCGCCGCCGCGCUCGGCGUCCGCAGCCUCCUCCUGCUGCUACUGCUCCGGCCCGGGCACGCGUGCCCCGCGGGCUGCGCCUGCACCGACCCGCACACCGUGGACUGCCGCGACCGCGGGCUGCCCAGCGUGCCGGACCCUUUCCCCCUGGACGUGCGCAAGCUGCUGGUGGCCGGCAACCGCAUCCAGCACAUCCCCGAGGACUUCUUCAUUUUCUAUGGCGACCUGGUCUACCUGGACUUCAGGAACAACUCGCUGCGCUCGCUGGAGGAGGGCACGUUCAGCGGCUCGGCCAAGCUGGCCUUCCUCGACCUCAGCUACAACAACCUGACCCAGCUGGGCGCCGGCGCCUUCCGCUCGGCCGGGAGGCUGGUCAAGCUGAGCCUGGCCAACAACAACCUGACGGGCGUGCACGAGGCCGCCUUCGAGACGCUGGAGUCGCUGCAGGUGCUGGAGCUCAACGACAACAACCUGCGCAGCCUCAACGUGGCCACCCUGGCGGCGCUGCCCGCGCUGCGCACCCUGCGUCUGGACGGCAACCCCUGGCUCUGCGACUGCGACUUCGCCCACCUCUUCUCCUGGAUCCAGGAGAACGCGUCCAAGCUGCCCAAAGGUGGUCUCCCUCGUGCCUUUGAUGGGUCUGUGCACGUCCUGUGACCAGCGGGUGUAUUCUUAACUCGUCUCUUAAUUAGAGUAGAGUCACGGGGUGACACCUCUCCCAUCACCACCGGCAUCCGGGGCCGAGCGUCAGCUUUCACGGGCACCGGGGUCUGCAGUCCCGGUGGAGAGUGAGCCGAAAACGUGACACAAGGCCACCUCGCCCUGUCUUGUUGGCUCCCAGGAGAGCCCGGCCGAGGCCUGCUGCUUCGUCCCAAACACUGGAUCUC